AUGGAAGCAGCCGGCGAUCAACACAUCUUCAGAAGCGAGUACCCGGCGGUUCCGGUCCCGGACAACGUGACCCUGCCGGAAUUCGUCCUCCAAGACGCCGAACUGUACGCCGAGAAGGUGGCAUUCGUCGACGCCUUCACCGGGAAGUCCUACACUUACUCCGACGUCGUGAGAGACACCAGGAGGUUCGCCAAAGCGCUGAGAUCGCUCGGGUUGAGGAAGAAACACGUGGUGGUUGUGAUGCUCCCCAAUGUUGCCGAGUACGGCAUCGUAGCCCUCGGGAUCAUGGCCGCCGGCGGGGUGUUCUCCGGCAUCAAUCCGGCGUCGCACCCUUCGGAGAUCAAGAAGCAGGUUGAGGCCGCCGAUGCCAAGUUGAUUGUCACUGAUGAUGUCAACUAUGAGAAGGUGAAGCCUCUCCAGCUCCCGGUGAUCGUCCUCUCCGACGCCUCCGCCGCCCACCUCGAAGGCCCCAUCAACUUCCACGACCUCCUCACCGCCGCUGACCGCGCCACCACCUCCCUCCUCCCCGACCACCACGUGUCCCAGGACGACCUCUGCGCCCUCCCCUUCUCCUCGGGGACCACGGGGACCUCGAAAGGCGUGAUGCUGUCCCACGCCAACGUCGUGGCCAACCUCUGCUCCACGCUCUUCAGCGUGGGGCCCGAGCUGAUCGGCCAGGUCACAACCCUGGGGCUCAUCCCUUUCUUCCACAUCUACGGCAUCACCGGCAUCUGCUGCGCCACGUUGAGGAACAAGGGCAAAGUCGUGGUCAUGGGGAGGUACGAUCUCAGGACGUUUCUCAACGCCCUGAUUGCUCACGAGGUCACGUUCGCGCCCGUCGUCCCGCCGAUCAUACUCGCGCUGGUUAAGAAUCCGAUCGUCGAGGAGUUCGACCUGAAGAGGCUGAAGCUCGCGGCGGUCAUGACGGCGGCGGCGCCGCUGGCGCCGGAGCUGCUCACCGCGUUUGAGAGCAAGUUCCCCGGAGUUCAAGUCCAGGAGGCCUACGGUUUGACGGAGCACAGCUGCAUCACACUUUCACACGGGAAUCCAGCAAAAGGGCAGAGGAUCGCCAAGAAAAACUCGGUGGGAUUCAUAUUGCCCAACUUAGAAGUGAAGUUCAUUGAUCCCGAAACAGGGGUAUCUCUCCCCAAGAACACCCAUGGAGAGAUUUGUGUCAGAAGCAAGUGUGUCAUGAUGGGUUAUUUCAACAAUGAAGAUGAGACUACUCGGACGAUUGACAAGGAAGGAUGGCUACACACGGGUGAUAUUGGGUACAUUGAUGACGAUGGAGAUAUCUUCAUUGUGGACCGGAUCAAAGAACUGAUCAAAUACAAAGGGUUUCAGGUGGCUCCAGCAGAGCUCGAAGCCAUUCUUCUUACUCAUCCAUCCGUCGAUGAUGCAGCUGUUGUACCGCUGCCGGACGAAGAGGCAGGGGAGGUGCCAGCAGCAUGGGUGGUGAAGGUGAAAGGAGGGAAAGAAAGCGAGGAAGACAUGGUGAAGUUUGUGGCAUCCAAUGUGGCUCACUACAAGAAAGUUCGAGUGGUGCAGUUUGUGGAGAGCAUCCCCAAAUCGCCAUCGGGGAAAAUCAUGCGCAGGCUCAUCAAAGAUCAAAUGCUCCAGAGGAUCCGCUCUUCAAAACCCAAUUAG